UCACUGUUGUUGUUGUUGUUGUUCAAGCGCUUGGCGUACACUGACUCAGAACAGAUUAGGUCAUCAAAAACAACAGAAAGGGAAUUUUAGUGUAACAUUGAUUUAUAUUAAUUUCAAAAUGAGCGAACAAGGUGAGAAGUCAAAUGAUGUGGUUGAUGCUCAGCCCACUGAUACCACUGAUGCCAAACCUAUGAGUGGUUCAAGCAGUGCAGGCAUUGGUGUUCCAAAGUUCCAAGCUGUUGGUGGUGAUGGAGAACCAGUUAUAUCAGCUGAGGAUUUUUUUGCGGAUGAAUAUAAGAUGGAUUAUCCACAUAGAGGCAAGGCAAUAAUUAUAAACAACAGGACGUUUGAUCGCCAGCUUGGUCUAGGAGAAAGGACUGGCACAGACCAGGAUGCGGCGGCACUGAAUAUGAGGUUUAUGGAGAUGGGAUUUGAUGUUGAUAUAUACCACAAUCUCGUUGUUAGAGACAUGGCCAUAGUUCUUGGAAAAGCUGCUGGUGAUGAUUCCUAUAAUCGCAGUUCAGAUUGUUUUGCUUGUGCUAUACUUAGUCAUGGUGAGGAGGGCAUAGUUUUUGGAACAGAUGCGAAGAUUGAAGUUAAAGUUCUUCUAGAACCAUUCAAGGGAAAUAACUGCAAAGGACUUUUAGGAAAACCAAAGUUAUUUUUUAUUCAGGCAUGUCAAGGUAUGCAGUUUGACUCUGGUGUAGGUGUAAAUACAUCAGAUGCCAAAGGUCAGAUGGAAAUGGAGCGAGAAAUAACAGUAUACAAGAUUCCCUCUGAGGCUGACUUUCUUAUUGCUUAUUCUGUUGUACCAGGAUAUUACUCAUGGAGAAAUAGCGCCAACGGUUCAUGGUUUGUUCAGGCUCUGUCAGAUGUUCUUGCCAAGCACUGGCAUGAUAUGGAUCUUCUUACAAUCAUGACGCGGGUCAACAAGAAAGUCGCCUACGAGUUUGAGUCGAAGACGGGAAAAGAGUUUAUGAAUCAGAAGAAGCAGAUUCCAUGUAUUACGUCCAUGCUGACUAAAGAAGUCUUGUUUAAGCCUAAGAAAUAAACUUUGCAUAAGAAAACUGUGAUAUCUAUUUUAGGCAAUUUUAUGAGAACCAUGUCAAAUGAAAAUGCCCCUUGAAAGGGUAAAUAACAAAUUUUUGUUGGUGCCUUGCCAUCCAAUAUCACCUGAUUGUAUUAUUUAAUAUAGGAUGACUUAAAGUCAAAUAUUAUCACCACAUAAUUUGGUAUUUUAACAGGUAAUCUGUUGGUCAAUUGUUUUUUAUGUUACCAAAUUCUGUCACCACAUAUUAUAGUCUUCAUUAUUUUUAUGAUAUGGGAGGUUUUGACUUGGCAUGUGUCAAAGGGAUUGUCAUAACAUCAUUUUACUGGCAGCUGUGACUGUCUGUGGAAGAUUAAGGAAUUGAUGUUAACUUGAAAAAAUGUGCAGUGUCCAUAAGUAGCUCUUUAACAUUUAUUUGCAAGCUCAGGGGUUUCAGCCUUUAUAAAUUGGGAUAGAUGAAUUUCGAGUUAGUAAAAGGACAUUUCUUUUCGAAACAGCAAAUUAACUAUGUAAGUUAUCAGAAGUGAUGCCACGAUGAUCGACUAUAACUCACAAAUUGAUUGAAAAUGUCUUAAGCUGGUGACAAUCAAUUAUAGUUUUGAGCAAUCAAUUGUGCCUCAAACGAGUAUGCUUCUACACAGAACUUGCAUAGUUUUUCUGUUGUUUUUGUCUCUCUGUGUGACUUACUCUUUCGUUUGCGGAAAAGUUUCUCAAAAUGGCAACAAAUCAGACAAAUCUGACAGCGCCAGCAUCACCAGGAAAGACCUCCUGUCAAGGCUUAUCUUGAUUUGCAGGUUGUGGUUUGCCGGUUAUGUCGGAAAACCUACAUUAAUAAUGGCUUUUCAUAGACAGACAAAAACAUAUUGAUUCAUAAAAUACUUAGCUGCCACAUUAAGAAACAGUAAUUGUUACAUAUAUUUUCAUUUUAUGCUAUAAAAAAUUCGAUUAAUAAUUGAAAAUUGAUUGAAAACCCCUGUCUGAUUACUUCCGAUGAUCGAUCAUGAAAAUGGACCGACUAAGCAUCACCAGUUGUCUGACAGCACUUUAGUAAACUUGAAUACUACUUGCUUGUAAUUUUAUUGGUCAGUAGUUGACUCAGUGUGGAUGAUAUCCCAUUUGUGAUAGCUAGUGUAUUCUUUGGACAAAAUGGUGGGCACAGCAUCAGUAAGGAGUUUUGCAACUAGUUUGAAGAAAACUUGCAAGGUCGGAUAUUUUCUAUGUCUUUAACAAUUUAUUUUGAGAACCUUUUAUUUCAUGUUUGUAGCUCUGUAAGUUAAGCUAUGGAGAUAGGGGAAAAUAUUGAAAUAUUGAUGAAAUUUUAGAGAGGUAGUGAUUACUCAUGUAGUGGAAAUCCUUAUUUAAGAAAUUGGAUGUCUAAGGCUUUAAAAAGCCUGAAAACACUGUCUUAUUUCAAAAAAUGUAUUGAAAGAUUUAGUUGCAAGUAGUAUAUUGUAAUAUAAAUAUUGCACUCUUUUAUAUUAGGCAGUGGCAAGAGCAAACAAAAUUUUUGCAUGUUUUUACAUGUAUUGGAUUUUUGAAUCACAGUUUACGAUAAUCAGUUAAAUGGAAACCUCUGCAAGUAUUAAAAUAUUGAUUACCUGCCCUGGGACACUGGAACUAGCGAUCCAAUUACCAGACCCCUAGCCACUGCCUUUUUUCUAUGAUAAGUCUUGGUCUUUUAAAAAUGAAGUGAACCUGGAUAAAAACAAAUCUUUAAAGUCAAUCUUUUUUAUUUAUUUAUAUAACAACUUUUUGUUAAACCUUUAUAAAUUAUUUAUAAAGAUUUAUAAAUUAAAAGUUUCUGUCUCAAUAACUUAAAUGUCAGAAACUUUAGUAAAUGCUCUUUAGAAAUCAGGUGGUGAAUAUUUUGAGAUUCUUUUCGUGAUCACCCUAAAGAAAAUGUUAACAUUUAUAUUUCAGUGUCUCAUAUCACAUAGUGAAUUGUAUUUUAUGUAUGCUGUAGAAAUAUUUUAGUUACAGUAAUUUAUUUGCUGAUAUAUCCAGUGCCUAAGUUUGAUUUUUGCAUUUAUGUAUAUAUGCUGGUAUAAGGAAAGAUGUAUUGUAAUGCACAGAUUGAAUAAUAUUUACACUGUGAUAAAUAGCUAGCAUAGAUAUCCACAAAUAUUCACCCCACCCGUGAAUCAACAUUGUUUAUAAAUGGAAUUACUACAUUUCGAUCCAAGUAUUUGUAUUUAGACCGUUAGUUGAGGUGGUGUAUUUGACACAAAAAUAUGCUUUGUCACAGUGAAUAUUAAAUGCAUUUUUUAUGUAUGCAAGAGUUUAUUCUCCAGUCAGAAGUAUAUUAACUGCUGUGCACCUUUCCUGUAAAAAUAUUGAACUUCCUUCUCCAUUAAAUUAUCCUUGUAUCAUGACUCUUUCAAUUUUACACCUUAACCCUUACCAUGCUGGAAACAAUUGAUUCUGCCUUUGCGACCAGUGUUCGCCAUUCAGUCAGUAAAUUUUCAGUUAACACCCCUUCAAAUAAAUGGUACUGUCCAAAUUGAAAGAUGGACAAGUUCAUUAUAGAAUUUUAGCAGGGUAAGGGUUUAACAUAAUUUAGACAGAAAGGUUUGCAGAUAGUGGGAAUUUAGUCAAAAACAUCUUAAGAGAGAUAGUAAUUAUGUCAUGAACCUGAUUAUAGAAUAAUUGGCUGAUAGAGAUCUGUUAUCAUCUUUGUCAGCCCAAAUGAACAAAUGUUAUGAUUUAUGAAAUUUAAUUCUGCUAUGUACAUUUAUCAUUGUAAAUGUUCUAAUUUCAUUUUUUAGUAUGAAAGAAGCAGUCAUUUCAGUACUUGUACAUAAGUGUCAGCAUAAAAAUUGUCCGAUAAUUUACUGGAGUUGAUUGCUACACUUAAAUAUACACAUUUAGAUCUUGAGGUUUAUGUUUUACAUAUCGAAAGUGUGAAAUUGUGUGAAAAUUGUAAUUUUCCACAUUUUAAAACUUCGACACAUACUAAAAUGAAAAAUGAAAUCAUAAUGGCAAACUACAGUAACUGAGAAACUGUCUGGAUAAAUGGUUAAAGUGGCUGCCUUUUGCAGACUUGUCACUAUCUGCUGUUUGUACAAAGAAUAUCAUAUAAGGUCAUAAAAGGAAGCAGGCCAUAUUGCUUGCAUGAAGUUGAUGGUGAUACCUAGAGGCCUUUUCAUUCUAACUUUCAUUGUUUGUGUUUAUGUGAUAGGAAAAAGUUAACCAUGUCAGUUUCUUUAUUUAAAUGCUCUUUCUUAUCAAAUUUAGUGUCAGUGUGAUAGGCCAAUACUGUAAUUUUUACAGGCAAUUAUUUUUAAAAGCAUAUCAGUUUGAGAUUGUAGAUUUAAUUUCUUAGAUGUGUCUAGUACAAGCUUUUGAGGUUAAUGUGUUUAUAAGCUUUUUUUUUCAUUUUGUUUGUGCUUAUUCAUGCCAUACUACUAUAAUAAAUGUGUUCAUUUAUGUCAUAUACAGUGUGAGUACUAUAUAGUGCAUUUUUAUUCCUUACAUUUUGAAUGAUUGAUUUAUUAAAGGCUAUUGUUCAAACUGGCUGUAUUAAAUUCUCGUAUAUUUGAUCCUUCUAAGCAGUUCAGUGUUGUGAACUUUUGGACACAAAGUAAGAGAAUAACCAAUGUCUUAAACAUUUAACAAAAAUGCAACUAUUUCAUUUCCUUUAAUAGCAACAUAAAACAAAAUAGCAUGUUCACUGAUUGGUUAUAUACACAUGCACUUUUAGAUUACAUUUACUGAAUGAUAUAAAAAAAAAAAUUUUAAUUUUCUGACUGGUUCCUUCAGUGAAUUGCCAUUUUCUUAAAUUUCAAGCUGCCUUCUUUUUCGGUACUGAUCCUAUAUGGAAAAUCCUUGCAGCUUUAUAUGAGAUGUAAAGAAAGGUUGCAUGUAACUUUCUGCAAUAAAUAAUUGUAAAUGAGUGGCUUAUUAUGAAAAAAUCAGUCUCUUCAGAAACGGUAUUAUACACAUUUCCUACUUUCUUCAUUUCACUUUCUGCGGUUGUAGGGUUAUUGCAGUAUUUACAAUGAACUACAUUUGUGUGGACUAUACAGUUUUUAUUACUGUAAAAACUAAAAUAUAUUUCUCUAGCGUGUAUAUUAAGCACCCCUGAUUUUGUAUCAAAAUCUUGGGAAAAAACAUACAUUGGAAUAUAAUACGCAUUGAAAAUCAGUCUGAGAAAUUUGUUACAAUCAGCCAUUUGCAAUGGCACUAAUGGGUCAAAUGUAGCCAAUGUCCCCUUUGAAAAGUUUUACUUAAAACAAUUGCAAUAUUUUUCUGCUGUAUGGUUGGGCAUGAUUGAUCCUUCAGUAUUCUUUGCACACUUAAUUCAUAAUGUGCAAUGUGAGGAUAGAUCUGAAAAGUGCAAGGACUUUUGUACAUUCUUCUACAAACAUUGACAUUUUUGUGUGUACUUGAAUUGAAAGACAUGCUCCAAGUUUUCUAGCAAGCAAGGAGGAAUGUCCUUCACCAGAGUUGACUCUGAAGUCUGGCUUUGUAGGUCUGAAGCAUGCUUAGAAUUCCAUGUUCUUUAUUGUUAUGUUUAUGAAAUGCUGCAGUAAGAACUCAUUCACUUUGCCUUGUGAAGAAUCUUAUUUGUUACCUCAGCGCAAAAUGUGUUUAACUGCAUGUAUAUAGAGGAGCAGUCAGAGGUGACAGUGCAAAGUUAAGUGCUAAUUUAUUGACAUGUUACUGAUUUCAUGGUACUACUUUUGACUUUUACACAACUUGUAUCACUACUCAGUUCUUUAUCAUACAUUUCUUAUGCAUUUUGAAUAUUCAUUGUUAGGCCACUUGAUUUAAACUUUGUAUUGUAUAAUUAUUGAUAAUAAAUAAGAAUACUUUA